AUGGUAGAGAAGCGGCUUACAACCGAACUUGACGAAUCGAUAUCAAAAAAACGUGUCGUUUUUGCCGAAUCAACACAACAAAAUGAACUCAUUAAUGUGCCCAAGUCAGCUCUGCUGGUCAGAGUGAAGGAGGCACGGCGUGAGUAUGAUCGUCUGACAAAUGAGUACUCAAUAUCACUAGACGUAUUUACACAAAAAAUGACGCAGCUGAUGUGUUGUUUUCUUUGGUGGCCGAGAUUUAUAGAACAUUGCUUCCGUUUACGAGGACGACCGUUUCCAAAUAAACAAUUGGACCGUUCCAUGACUGCCCUAACUACCCAUAUGCCUUUUGCGUCUUUCGAAACCAUUUUCGCCAAUGAUAAAGUUGCCCUGCUUGAUUUCGUAACUGAAAAUCUGAAUCUUCUAGGCGCGGCUUCCUUACCCGACCAGAUUGAGGUUGAGGAUAAUGGUCUGGCAGAGAAAAUAGCACACAUAACUGCUGCGAAUGAAGCUACAUCGCAAUCCAUUGACGAUGCAAUUGCGCGUCUCAAUGACAUUGAGACUGACUACGUGAACCUCAGAAGGAACGAAGACCGGAAUUGUAGUUAUACUCUACGCUGCAUUACUGAGGCUGUUCUUAAGCAUCCUCAAGAUACUAACCCGAAGGACACCAAUGAAGAACAGGUUGAGACAUCCCAGAACGAAACAUCUAAUAAACAAAAAUGCGCCGAUGAGGAUGCAAGAGAGCUACAGCGAUUACGUGAUGAACAGAAUGUAGUGUUCUCCUCACGGGAGUCUGUUAUUUCUCGCUUACAAUCACUUCUUAAAUCGACAGAAGAGGAUACUGUUACAGCUAAUUCAGCUCUUCUUUCUCUGAGCCAGAAGCAAUAUGAGAACAGUUUGGCAUUUGUGGAUGUCGAGACCUCUUUAACAAGUGUUUCUGAGUAUUCUGCAUUUCUACGGCGGAUUUAUGCGGAGGAAGCUACAAGAUGUGAAUCUAUGUUUCAAAAUAUUAAAGCCUCACAAGGGUUUUUCACCGAGGAAAUGGCUCGCGUUAUUUCCGAAUUUGAAUCUCAAAUGGCGAACUCACAAUCCGACAUGCAUCGGAUUGAACAAACAACGGUUCAGUUACGUGAAGCAAAUGAAAAGGCGCGUAGUGCUGAUGAAUUACGGGCUGUAAGUGUUCAAAACAAAAUUGAACAAGCUGAGCAACUGGCUAAAAAAAUUGAAGAAUUGAAGUCUCGUUUGGAUUUAAAACCGAAUGUACCAUCCGUGGGUUCUGACAAUUCUUCUCUGCUUUAUCUUCAGAAACAGUCUGAGGCACUACUUAGCGAGGUUUCGUUUACGGAAAAAGCAUUUCGCGUUGCCCACCAGCAGGUGAAUUCAAAAAUAUCAAAACGAAAAGAUGAGUUGUUAUUGAAAUACAAUUUGGAGAAGACCAAAGCUGAUCAAAAAUACUUUGAUACUAUGAAGUCAAGAGAUGGACUAUUAUCAAAUGUGAAAAAUCUUCGUGAUCUUUACAAACGAAGUAAUGAUCUUUUUGAAAAAUCUGUGGAAAAUCAUAAAAAUCGGAUUGUCGACGUUAUGGAAACAGAGAAAAAGCUCGUUUUUCUCGUGGAAGAGCGAAUCCAAUUAGCUUCAACCUUUAUGAAAAGCAAGUUGAAAAAGCGACGUGAUGAAAAAGUGGGAAAGACAGCAGAAUCUGUUCUCUCUCAGUUACGCCAGUUUUACAACAAUAAAAAAAGCGAGCUUAACGAUACUCGCAAACAAUUUAAUGACUUGUCCCAUCAAGUUCAGCAAAAUGAAACAUCGCUCAAAACCCACGAGAGAUUAAAAAAACAGCUAAAUGAACGUGGAACUGCGCCUUCUACAGAGGCUCUGCAAACAUAUCGAGCAAUGUGUAAGUGUUCUGUAUGUAAUUUUGAGCGGUGGAAGAACAGGGUAAUCUCGCUCUGUGGUCAUGGGUUCUGCGCCGAGUGCAUUCAAAAGCGUAUUGAAACACGCCAACGGCGGUGCCCAAUUUGUGGAAGAGCCUUUGGCGUAUCAGAUAUCAUUCUCAUACAACUUUGA